CUUUUUCUCUUUUCACAUAAACACUUUAUUUUUCAACCCCUCCUUUUUCACAACCUUCCCUCCCUUUUCUUAAAAAAACAAUGAUGGAAGAAGGUCCAAAGAAGACAAGUAGAAAUAGUAUACCUGACUUUAUUCAAAAGCUAUACUUAAUGCUGGAAAAUAUAGCAUUUAAAGAUAUCGUCUCAUGGGAUAAUUCAGGAACAAGCUUUUUGAUAAAAGAUAUUAAUGAUUUUACAAAAAUAAUAUUACCACAGCACUUUAAACACUGCAACUUUGCAAGCUUCGUACGCCAAUUAAAUAAAUACGAUUUUCAUAAAAUAAGGAAUAAUAAGCAUGAUCAGGUAUGGCAGUUUAAACAUGACUUCUUUCAAAGGGACAGAAAAGAUUUAUUAGAAGAGAUCAAAAGAAAGACGACAGCCAAAAAGGAUGAUGUAGCAGAGGAUGGAGCAGAAGAUAACGAUGUCAUCAAAGACCUUAGGCAGCUUAUUAGAAGACUUCAGUCACAAAUAAAGCAGAUGAAACAAUCACAACAAGAUUUGGAGUUGUCAGUUGAGAAAAUGCAUAAAAGGGACGAAUCGAUCACGAGUGAACUAUUACGGUUUCAGCAAAAUUUAUUAAAAAAGGAUGAACUAUUAAAACAAUGCAUUCAACUUAUCUCUGCAAACAACAAUAAUCAUAGCAAUAACAGUAAUAAUAAUAAUAACAAUAGUAAUCCUAUCAAGAAUGAUCAUCAUUCUUUAACCCAUGCCCUGGAUAAGUUACAACAACAACAACAAUUUCUUGCAAGCAACAAGGGCAAGAAUAAACCUAUUCUCACCGGCAAUUGGACAACCCCACCUCGUGUGCUCUUGGUGGAUGAUGAUUCUGUCUAUAGAGAUGUUUGUGGUAGAAUGUUAGUCAUGAUGAAAUGCUCAGUUGAUUCAGCAAAGGAUGGUAUACAAGCCUUGGAGAAACUAAAUCUGAAUAAAUACGAUUUAAUACUGAUGGACAUCAUGAUGCCUAAUAUGGAUGGAAUCACGACUACAAGGAAUAUACGACGAUUUGAUACCAUGACGCCUAUAGUUUCCAUGACAUCCAAUUUUACACAAACUGAUAUAAUGGAAUAUAUAAAUAUUGGAAUGAAUGAUAUUCUACCAAAACCAUUCUCAAAGAACACAUUAUACGAUAUAUUGGAAAAGCAUUGUGCACAUCUAAAAUUACCCACUUAUAUAAACUCAUCAACUAGUACAACACCUUUAUUAAUAGAGGAAUCACAAUCUGCAAACACUUCACCUACAACAACACCUACGCAUCCUCAUUCAAAUGUUACAGACUAUCUGACAUUAAAUAAUCGAAAACGAUCCAAAUAUUUUCAUAACUUUCUGUGAAUAAUAGACUUUCCAUGCUCUUCAUACUCUUUCCUUGAUAUCCAUAACUGAUGAAAUGUACCUAAUGAUGCCAAAAUAGAUCCACCAAG